ACCGACAACCAACUUGAAAUAAAAAAUGGCUGAUAACGAAGAUCUCAUCGAUUACGAAGAAGAAGAAGUCGCACCACAACAGCAGCAGCAACAACAACCUACCGAACAAGCUGACGCGAAGGAUAAGAAGGGUUCUUACGUUGGUAUCCACUCAACUGGUUUCAGAGAUUUCUUAUUGAAGCCUGAGUUAUUACGUGCCAUUUCAGAUUUAGGUUUCGAACACCCUUCUGAAGUACAACAAGAGUGUAUUCCACAAGCUAUUUUGGGUAUGGACGUUGUCUGUCAAGCUAAGAGUGGUAUGGGUAAAACUGCAGUUUUCGUUUUAGCUUCUUUACAACAAGUUGAACCAGUAGAUGGUGAAGUUUCCGUUAUCGUUUUAUGUCACACUAGAGAAUUAGCCUACCAAAUUAAGAACGAAUACGGUAGAUUCUCAAAGUACGUACCAAACAUCAGAACCUCUGUUUUCUUCGGUGGUGUCCCAAUCACUACUGAUCAAGAAACCUUGAAGAACAAGGAGAAAUGUCCACACGUUAUCGUCGGUACUCCAGGUAGAAUAAAUGCUUUAGUUAGAGAUGGUAGUCUCAAGGGAUCUGCUAUCAAGCAUUUCGUUUUAGAUGAAUGUGACAAAAUGUUAGAACAAUUAGAUAUGAGAAGAGACGUACAAGAAAUUUUCAAGGUUACACCACACCACAAGCAAGUUAUGAUGUUUUCAGCUACUUUAUCAAAGGAAGUUAGACCAGUUUGCAAGAAAUUCAUGCAAUCACCUUUAGAAAUCUACGUUGACGAUGAAACCAAGUUAACAUUGCAUGGUUUACAACAACAUUAUGUUAAACUUUCGGAAUCAGCUAAAAACCGUAAAUUGAAUGAUCUCCUUGAUUCAUUGGAUUUCAACCAAGUUGUCAUUUUCGUAAAAUCGACACUUAGAGCUAAUGAAUUGGAUAAGCUCCUCAGAGAGUGUAAUUUCCCAUCCAUUUGUAUCCACUCCAGAAUGAGUCAAGAGGAGAGAAUAGCAAGAUACACCAAGUUCAAGCAAUUUGAGACAAGAAUCUUGGUUGCAACUGAUAUCUUUGGUAGAGGUAUUGAUGUAGAAAGAGUCAACAUUGUUAUCAACUAUGAUACGCCAACAGAUGCUGACUCAUACCUUCACAGAGUUGGUAGAGCAGGAAGAUUUGGUACGAAAGGAUUAGCGAUCACGUUCGUUUCACAAGAUGAAGAUGAUGAGGUCCUCAAGGCGAUUCAAUCUAGAUUUGAAGUUGCAAUCCCAGAGUUGCCUGAAACCUUGGAAGCAUCUACAUAUAUGACUUCAUAAGAAAGAAAAAAGAGUAAAAUGGGCUUUAACUUGUAAUAAUUUAAUGUUUUAUUGCUAAUAAGAAGAGUGUAGUGAGUAAAUAAACGAUAAUGAAUAAUUUUUAUUUUUUUAUUUUUUAUUUUUCAUAUUAUUCCUACUUCGUUCGAUCUACCUAUUCGCGGCGUUGAGUGCUCAACUGAGGAGCGAGUGCGGAAUGAUGAACUACAAACCAAUACAGCUGUUCCAUCCGAGCAGCUAUCAGAAUAACCAGACGACUAGCUUGGAUUUUGAUAGCCAGCCGCAGCAGCAGCAAUCGGCACAUUCGAACAAUCAGCUACAAUCACAAUUACUCCACUAUCAACCGUUCCAAGUGAAGCAUAGGAAGAGGACGUCGAAGCAUCAGUUUAAUGUACUCGAAGAAACCUACCAGUCAAACCCGAAACCAUCUGCCAUAAUUAGAAAGUCUCUAGCAGAGCAACUAGAAAUGACGCCUAGGGGCGUACAGAUAUGGUUUCAGAACCGCAGAGCAAAAGCUAAAGCACAGGCAAAGAAAGAGCUUGACAACCCCCAGCAAAAUUCACAAAACCAAUCUGAUAGUGAUUCCACACCCGCACCUACUCUCACACCCGCACCAACGAACAACGUAUUAUCCUUGGACUCUAACUUACCUAGCAACAACCACAGCCAGUCAAACUUACUCUAUCCAUCACCCCUUCCAAGUCCGGCUUCUGGUUCGUUAAUACCUCACUCGACUAGUCUAUCGCCUACGAGUCUAAUAAGUAAUCCUUUCUUUGAUACGCACUUCAAUUUGCAGAACACUACCAGAAGGGGUAGCGCACCUUUGACUCAUGCCCCAACAAACGGUUUAGGUUUAACAAUUCCCCAAUCUCAGUCAUUGGGGUACAACUUGUCUGCCCUAACAUCCGGUGGCAACAUUGGUCCCGUUAGAAGAGCUUCUUUACCGAAUUUCCAAACUAGACGCUCAAAUCAAUCUUUGCGUCAUUCUGCAUCUAGGUCAAAGCUAGCCACAUGUACAGAAGAAUCUUCCCCAUCUUCCGCUUAUCCUAUUUCACCAACUGAUCAAUCAUUGUCCACAGAUGGCCUAGUCAUACAUACCUCACAUGACAACAACAAUGGUAAUUUCACCCUCAACCAAUCAGACUCGUCGAGUCCAACUUCAACAAACCAUCAUCAACAAUCGCAGCACCCACAACAACAUCAAAUCCUACACUCCUCUUCUUCAAACUCUUUAUCCCAUGCCUUAGCAACUUCUGAUACUUUCUGGAGGGAAUCUAGUACCUACUUCGAUGAUAAUUCUGAUCCAGAUAGACGUCAAUCUAUUUUAUCAAGUAAUUUCGAUAAUAAUAGUCUAUUUGAUACAUGUAGGAGAGAUUCAGAAGUUUCAACAUCGGCCACAACAACAUACGGUGUUGGUCCAUACGAUAAUUUCUACUCAAGCUAUCCUGAUCCAAAUAGGAGGGAUAGUUGCGCAUCAGAUUUUAUACACACAUUUGAAGAGUUCGGCGUUGGCUCUUCUGUACCACCUUCAGCCGGAGCUGUUGGUCCAACUUCUCAUAGUCAUAACUUCUCAAAUGCUUCCGUUACCGAUUUCGUAGAUUAUACUCUAGAUCCUAAGGAAGCUAGCGAAGUGGAAAAUUACGUGCAUUGCUGAAAACAAAACCAAAAAAAGAGAAAAAAACACAGGAUCAUUCACAAGAAAAUAUGCGAUUACAAUAAAUUACACCUUACAAACACUACUGAGAAACAAUUUCGUCAAUUCUUACUUUUUGACAAGACUAUUUCUGGAUUUAUCUAUCUUCAACUUCUCUACACUAGCGCUUUUCACAUAAUUACGAAGCAUCAGGUUCUAGAGAUGCAAAGAAGCAUCAAUCAUUCUCCUCAAAAUCACCUUGUAUAUAAUCACCUAUCCUUCUUGUUUUAUAUUUCACCUAGUUUAACUAGUUUUGUUUCUUUUUGUUUUUUUAGUUUGUACAAUCAA